AUGUCCUACGCCUACCUCCUCAAGUACAUCAUCAUCGGUGACACCGGCGUCGGUAAAUCGUGCCUGCUCCUGCAGUUCACCGAUCAGCGGUUCCAACUCGUGCACGACCUCACGAUCGGCGUCGAGUUCGGGUCGCGCAUGGUGACCGCGGGAGGGAAACAGGUCAAGUUGCAGAUCUGGGACACGGCGGGACAGGAGAGCUUCAGGAGUAUUACGAGGAGUUAUUACCGAGGCGCGGCGGGCGCGCUCUUGGUGUACGACGUGACGCGCAGGGAGACGUUCGAUAACCUCUCGUCGUGGUUACAAGAUUGUCGGGCGAAUGCGAAUCAUAAUAUGGUUAUCAUGCUCGUGGGGAAUAAGUCGGACGUCUCGCAUCGACGCGCGGUGUCGACGGAGGAGGGAGAGAUGUUCGCGCGAGAGAAUGGCUUGUUAUUCGUCGAGACGAGCGCAAAGUCAGCUUUCGGCGUCGAUGACGCCUUUGUCGCCACCGCGGGGGCAGUGUUGGCGAAGAUUGACACCGGAGUCUUAGACGUCAAGAAUGAGAGUAGCGGGGUGAAGCUCGGGUACGACCCGGGUCGUAAGGGCACGUCAGACGUCGCGCGACUGGACGUUCGCCGAGCCGAGCCCGGCGCGUCGUCGUGCUGCUGA